GAAGUAAUGAGGGGCAUUGAUGUAAUUUAACUGUUCAACAUUCUCCACCUCUUUAUAUAAACCCUCCUAACUCCAAAACCACUGUUACUGUAUUCCAUGUACUUUAUACAUAUCUCUUUAUAUUAUUUUACCUAGGUUUCAUCAUCAGCUUCAGAAACACUUUCUUUAUUUCUUGUGCAUUGGAAUGGAAGAUCACCAGGGGCAACAGCAGCAACAGCAACAGGAGCCAAAUAGUCCAAAUAACCAACAAGGAUCCGAGAGAAGUGAACCCGUGAGGUCAAGAUGGACUCCAAAGCCAGAACAAAUCCUCAUACUUGAGUCCAUCUUCAACAGUGGCAUGGUUAACCCCCCAAAAGAUGAAACAGUCAGAAUAAGAAAGCUCCUUGAGAAAUUUGGCACCGUUGGUGAUGCCAACGUCUUCUAUUGGUUCCAAAACCGCCGCUCCCGCUCUCGCCGCCGCCAACGCCAGAUUCAGGCCUCCCUAAAUCAAGUUGGCGGUGCAAGUAGUAAUAAUAAUAAUAACAAUCUAUAUCAGCAUCACCACCAAAACAACACUCCUCUUGUUGCGAACAUGGGUUUUGGUGGUGGUGCUAACUCCUCUCUCCCUAACUCUUCCUAUAUUUCUGGCUCCUCUUCUUCUUCAUUCGGUGGUAGUAGCCAAGAAAGCUUAAGUGAGUUCUUUUCACCCUCUACUCAAAUGGGUUUUCCUGGAAUUGAUCACCAUGCUUCAUCUGUAUCAUCUUCAGUUCUGUAUCCCCCAGAAGCUUCAAAUUUGAACUAUCACUCUGGAUUUGGAGGGAUUCCUUCAGGAUUCAUCACGGUGUUUAUCAAUGGGGUUGCAACAGAAGUUCCAAGGGGCCCAAUUGACAUCAAAGCAACGUUUGGUGAAGAUGUAAUGUUAGUUCAUUCCUCCGGAGUGUCAGUUCCGACCAAUGAGUUUGGUUUCUUGAUGCAGGGCUUGCAGCAUGGUGAAAGCUACUUUCUGGUUUCAAAGCAAACACAAGUGUGAACUGUUCAACAGUUAAUAACAUAGCACCAGUGGAAGCUUCUGUUACAUGUUUCUCCUAUAAAUUGCCUGUUACUUUCUUUCUUUUUAUCCCAUUCUCGUACUCUUUUAUGUGGUUCAAAAUAUUAGAGAUCUACUAUGUGAUUAGAGAAGUCCAUAUAUCUAUAUCUAGUUAACAAUUACAUAUACUUUACAUUCCCGGUUUUAGCGCAAACAAAUGUACUUCUAUAAUUUUAUAUGUUGAUGAAAUCGAACUUUGUGGUGUAUCUUUCGUGUGUUCGAUGCUCAGUUCUUUAAAAUGCAUCUCAAUAUGCUUGAUUAUAUAUUAAUGCAUGUGGUGCUAGAGAGCUCGAAAAAAUUAUUUUGAGUUAAUGAAAGUUACUCAUUACAUGUUCAUAAAUUACUUU